CCUUGUUUGCACGGAAUCCCAUUCAUCUCAAUUUUCACUAUGCAGUCGCCAAGGUUAAUCAAUGAUGGCCAUCUUCUCCCACAGACAAAACAAAUUUGAACCCCCGUCAGAAGAUGCCGAUUCCUCCUACACGCGUGAACGUGAACCGCCCUAAUGGCAAUUCUUCACAGCAAAACUCAUCCCCUGGAACAGUCCACGUAGCACGCGUUGCAGAAUACCGCCGUGUGUACCAAUCCUUCCACAUACACAACCGGGUCAGCAUGAGCACCGCCUCGUCGUCGGGCCCAGUCUGCUGGCCAGAAUCAGAAGGCAGCAUGAGCAGCAAGGACCCUGGAAUGGUACUUUAUGGAAGGAUUCGGAUGCUGCGAGGUGCCAACCUGCAAGCGACCAAGAACGAGAUCGACUGGCUGCGUAUAAGGCUUGGGGCUUUGAGUAAUGUGGACCAUUCUCCCAGCAGGCGUGCAAAAGCGGCCAUGAUUCAAGUGGGCAACAUGUGGAGGAACAAGUGUCGUUAUGUGCUCGAUGCGAGCCCAGAGUCAAUGGAGCCUACCCCUACGGAACUGCAGAAAGACAUUAACACGAUCUGGGCGGACAUGUACACUAUAAUGGCGGACGUCAUGUUGCUAGAGCAGAUGUUUAAAAGGCCUUGAUUGCCUAUGUUUUGCC